ACGCCUCUUCCUGAAUGAUGGAAAGUCAAAAUUCUUACAACCGCCCAGUGAAGCUUAUCACUUACGAAGACAAUAAUCUUGACGAAACGCCUGUUAGCCUGCAAGACAAUCGAAGUGCAUCAUCGAAUACAAAAAAUUCGUUAGAUGCUGUUCGUGCCUUAGAAAGUUUGGUAAUUUGUUCAAUUUGUGAAAAGCGAUUAAAGUCACCAAAAAUGCUUCAAUGUCAACACACAUUUUGCCUUGCGUGCCUGGAAACGACUUAUUGGCAACAAAAGCAACGAGAUUACAUUACAUGUUCUACAUGCGAAUCGAAACACGCACUCGCUUCCGCUUCUGCCUUGCUAUCGGAUCUCCCUCCCAACCUGUACAUUGAUUCGGUGCUGCAGGUCUUGAACCAAUCAACUGGUAGACCAAAUGGCAAUGCCAAACAAGCCUUAUCUUCUCCGUAUGCUACUUGCAGCGCUACGCCGAACGAAGAGAGCUUAGCAUUAAUAUGCAACAAGUGUGAUACCGUCAGUAGCGUCAUGAUGCAAAAAUGCAACCAUUGUAAUCAAGUUCUAUGCGCUAUAUGCUGGCAAGCGCAUAUGGAUCAGCUCAUCAAACAAGCUCGGCAACUCGACGAUCAACUCAACUCGGCUGUUGAAAAAAUGGGACACAAAAUGAAUAGUUACAAGGUACGAUUUGCGAAUCUAAAUUUGCAAAUCAAGGCACAUAUCGAGGAAAAAAUACAAACACUUAAAAGACAAGAGUGUACAUUUCUAGACGAGUCACAGAGAAUACUAAAUGAUGGCCUUUGCGCGCACGAACUGGUGAUGGAGAAGAUACGCCGGCUCAGGACUACCAUCGAAGACAAUGCAAUUGGCACACAAGGCAAUUUCGUGCAGGUCUAUCUUAAUUUGCAUAGAGAAAUUUCGAUCGUUUUCGAGGAGAUUUCGCACUGGGGUGAUGAGAUUGUUUUAUUUGACCAGAAAAAGUCGAAAAUAGAAAUUGUUAGCGUACAUGAAGGCAACAAUGGAAUGAAAACUCGUGAAGAUGUCGAAAAAGAAACAACCAAAUGUAGUGUGGUUAACACAGCAGUAUUAGAUACUGAGGAGGCAGUUUUCAAUUUCUAUAAGAACCAUACAUUCAAACCUAAUCUAUUUUGGAACAAAUGCCAUCGCCCAGCAGGGGUAGGAGUUGCUCCAUGGAAGCAUGAUUCUAUUGAGCAGCCCAUAAUCUACAUUGCUGGUGCGGAAAGUAAAGUGCUAUACGUGAUUAAUGGAACUACUGGCGAUGUUUUGCAGCGAAUUAUUCACGACGAAAUGUUAUACCCGAACGGAAUCACAUUCGACGAAUGCAAACAAGAGAUUUUCGUUUCCGAUAAGUGGAAGCACUGCAUAUUUGUGUUUUCCGUGGAUGGAACCUUUAUGCGGCAACUGUGUGACAAAGGUGACAUGGAAGGUUUGUUGAGAGCACCGGAAGGAAUUGCCUUAGGGCCAAGUGGAGCGCUUUUCAUUUGUGAUACUGGAAACGAUAGAAUUCAGUGCGUCAGCCCCAUCACAGGACGGAUGCUAUCGCAAUUCGGGCGUAUACCGAAAGAUCAGCUGCUGAGGGCGACCCAAACUAAAACACCUACGCGACAUGUGGACCUUAAAUGUCCCACCGGGGUGGCAAUCCACAACGACAAAGUCUAUGUGCUGGAUAGUGGCAACCGCAGAGUUAAAAUUUUCAACAAGCAAGGUGAGAAAAUCCUGGAAUUCGGACAAGUUGGUACCCUGAUUGGACAAUUCCAGUACCCCGAAGUCAUUGCUGUCGAUCCGAGUGGGUUCAUUCUAGUAGGCGAUGGAGGAAAUGCCAAAAUUCUGAUAUAUCACCCGAAUGGUAGCUUCGUUACGGCUUUGGGAUGUCGCGGCGACAAGCCGGGUAGGUUUAACUGGUUGUCCGGGUUGUAUGUGACCAAGAAUCGUGAAAUAAUCAUUAGUGAUUAUAAGAACCAUGCCGUACAGGUGAUAGCCUAAGCAUAAUCCAUAAGAAAAGUUUGUUCCACGGGUAUUUUGAGUUAAGAAUUAUAUUUACAUUUGAAGAACA